AGCCACCAGAACCUUGUCAACAUGCAGGUCAUCCCCAAAUUGUGGACCAUGCUCCAGUGCGUGUCGAGAGCAGCGGGGCCACUCCUAAUGUCACAAUGUCAAGCUAUAAAUCUAAAGCCACUAGCCUCCUCUUCAAUCUCAAAGACAACAGGAAAAGAGUAAAAAGUACCUACAGUCCUAGUACAUAUAAAAGCUUUGAGACAGUAGAAAAAAGCAAAGACACACCUUUACAGCAACCCAAAGACACUGUUAUAGAUAUACCUGAAGAUCUACCAUCAAAUGGUUAUGAAUCCAGCUGGAACCCACAUCAGUAUGUCAAACCAUCUAACAGUCCUAAACUCUUAUCUGGAGUAACCAUCAGUCAUCCCACCACAGGCCACAUUUCAGACUAUAAGACUGUUAAAAGACAAGAUGAGCAGGAUAAAAAUUAUACCAGUAAUCAAUUGAUUAAUGGCCAAAACCUUACUAAAGAACAGCCAUCCUCUACUUCCUAUACGGAAGACACAGACUUGCUUAAGCAACCUGGUAGAGAAUAUCUAACAAGCAAGGAUUCGAAUGAAGCAGACGUGCGGCAAUCUGCAGAGGUGGCUGGCUAUUACCCAACAGACAGCAUACAUGAUUAUAGUGUUUCAAAGGAAAUGUUGAGAUCUUUACAUACACCAAACACAGAAAAAUACACUCUACCAGCAAGUGUAGCUCCAUGGAAAGAAGACCAACAUGUUCAGGCUAAUAUACAAGAAAUCAACAUAAAGGAGGAGAUCCGUUCACCAAAACAGCAGAACAUGACUAAAACCAUCGACAGGCAGCAGUUAUAUGCUUCACAGGUAAAUAUAGAUGGCGUAUGUGCAGCAAUGUUAAAAGACAACCAGCAACCAUUCAAAUCUAUUAUGCAGGGCAGUUCAAAGGUCCGUCAAUUGAAAGAUGGACAAUUCACGGAUGUCAAAGCUGAACAAACUAGAGCAAAACUAAUUCAAUCAGAGCAGAUGCCAGUAUCGCUUCUUAAAGUCGAACGAUGGAAUCAUAUGGAUACUCCCAAAGACAAUACUGCAGAACCAGCACAACCAGUGAAGACAGAUGUAACAAUAAAAAGAAGGAAAGAAACAGACGGAACCAUUAAGGAAAAGCCAAAAGCCGAACCAAGCCAAUUUAGAAAUAAAAAAGAAGAAACAAUUAUUGUUAGAGAACAAGUGGCACACAUAAGAGAAACCAAAGCAAAACAAACCAACACACAGGAGCUUAAAGGCACGGAUGUGGAAAAUCAACAGUUGAUAAUAGAGACAACACAAAGCUCCCAAAAAGAUGGCAUGAAAACAGAUCAAGAUGAAGUGAAAACCGUCAGAAUUGAACAAGAAUGUGAUAAGAAAAUGGUACAGCAAGUAAGAGAGGAAAUGUUUAGUACAGAAAUGUCUGCAGAAAAACAAAUAAAGACAGACAUAGCUAAGGUAAUGGCUAAACCUGACCUAGCCAGCACAAAGAUAGAUAAACAGAAUGUUGAAGACAUACAAGAGAAAAAAGCUAAGACAGCGCAAGUUCAACCUAAAGCAGAAAUACAUGAAACUAAAGAAGCUAAUUCUGAGGCCAAAAAAGUAGAACAAGUCAAGCUGGAGCUAAUCAACAUGGAUCUAGCUAAAGUAGCACUAGCAAAACAACAAAAAACGACAGAAAGGUUGACAAAGCCUACAAUUCUGGCAAAUCCACAACACGUCAAAAGUGAGCCUAGUAAAGUUGAGCGUGUAAAGGCGGAGUUAGCAAAAGCUAAAGCCGAGUUGGCAAAAAUAAAGGAGAAUAUGAAGGGACAGCAAAUAGAGAAAGUCACAAGUACAAUAACCACAAUGGGAGAAGGCAUUUCAACAAAAGAGGUGACAAUCAAGCAAAGCAAAGAGCAGCCUCAGGCAACACAAAAAAAUCAACCUUCUGAUAAAAUAUAUAUUACAAAUAAAGUGGAUCAUGAGGCUGAUUAUUAUGAGACUCUUAGAGAAAAAUAUGGAUUUACUAACAAGGUUUAUUUUGGCAGAAACCAAACGGCUUCAAACAAUACCAAUGUAAUAUCAGCCUUAUCACUUGAUAAUGUUAAAAUGGUCGAUAACAGCAAAUCAAAAAAUGAAUAUCCCACAAUUAGUGGUGAAACCAAAAAGCAGGUCAAAGAGGAUGUAAAAUCCAAGAACAAAGGGCCAGAGAGUCAUAAUGUUUACAGUGAGUCUCCCAAAGAAUUCAAAUUAUUACCGACUAGUACAGAGAAAAGAGCACCUUGUGGUGCUGGUUUGGAUAAAGGAAUGGAUGUCAAAGUUGACAAGUUGGAAACAUAUGAUGCCUUGUCUCAUACACAGCAGACACAUUCUGAGGGAAAACAUAAGUCUGAGUGUGGCGCUCUAUCAAAUAAAGGCCUACAGAUUACCUCCAUGAAAGCAUCAAGCCAUAAAGAGAAGGCUCAGACAAAACAAGAGAUUCUGACAUCCAAAAUAAAAGCGCAUGCUGAGAAAGAAAUUUCAGCCAUCAUGGAAGUGUUUAAGCAAAUCCCUGCUAGUCAGAAUCUUCAUGAAAAGCAGAGGCCUCCACUGCAUGAGGUGUCAAGAGGCAAUGCAAGCACAGUGCCCAGCAAUGGUACUUCAAAACAUCACAUGGGAACAUUAGGUGCGCAACUUGUCAAGGCACUUCCCAGCUCUAGAGGAACAUCGGGUCAAAAUCUUGAUCACUUAGAGAAGGAAGUUCCUAUAGGACCUGCGAAGGACAUUGACCCUAUACUUGAACCACCCACAGUGACAAAUAAGGCUCCAAAUUCUUUGAGCAUAGAUGGAGGCUUACUUAAGAAUCAGACACAAUCAAGUCAACCUAAAACACUAAAUAAGGAACAAGAAUUAACGCAAGGAAUACUGCAGGAAAACCAUGCAGAAAAGUUGGAAAAAGUGAAAAAUGUCAUACACAAUCCUGCAUUAAACUCUGAUCAACUUAUGGAGGAGUCAUCACAAUCUACAAGCACACAGAGCGUAGUUCACAAGAAUUUUGUCUUAGGUAAGACUGAGACCUGUGUGGCUAAGGACAAUUUGCAGAUCCUGGGAAUAACUGUUACCGGAAAAAAGAAUGCUGAACAAUGUAAUGCUGACUCAGACAAAUCUUGUGUAGAAUUGUGCAUGACGAAUGAGUUUGUGUUGGAUGGGAGCAGAGAAAUUGCAGGGGAAACUCAUUCUACAGAUACGCAACUUAAAGUUAGUAUGAAUAUGCAUCAUGAGAAUGUCACCAAGAAUAUGUCCUCUCCCCUGCAGCAAUCCUCUAAUAUCAGUGCAGCAUCUCAAAGCAAAGUACAAGUAGAAGAAGCCCUGACUGAAAAAGAUGCUUCCCCUGCAAUCACUUUAAGUUCUAUAAAUAAAGUGCAAACCGAAACCCAACUCCUCUACUAUAAACAGGACAUGACGACAGCAGAAAAGGCAGAAUGCACUCUUCAAACAUUCAAAGAAGAUUCUGUAAAUAACUGCAUCAAAUAUCAAGAGGAAAUUCAUACAGGAGAACUAAAUCUGCAGUUAAAGCAUACAGCACCCAAAGUCAUAAGCUCAGGUAUCAACUACGUCCAGGAUUCCGACAAGGUUGUUGCAGAAACUCAAUCUGUAACGCCGUCCCUGGAAGAGGAGGUGGCACCUGCUAUAAAGCCAUCUAAAUGCAGCAAUGUAGGGGAUAAGAGUGCACCCCUACCGGAAGAAAAGAGCAAUGGCUUGGCUAACCCUUUAACUGAUAAGUUAAACAGACAGACAUCUCCAAAACCUGAGGAGACACACAUUGGAGAAAUUAAUCAACAAGAAGAUGUUCAUAUAGACAGCAUUGAAAUCAAAGUUGUCCCUGGAGUAACAGAGAUUGACAAUGUGGCAAAACAUCCCAACACAACAUGUUCUAAUGUGACUACAACUGAUCAAAAUCAACCAGACACAUCAACUAACCCGGACAAAAGCAUGAGCACAUUAAUCAAAGACGAUCAAGCUAAAUACCCUGUCACAAAAGGCUGGGAGGAGCAGAUGGAAGAUAAGUUGAAAGACAAUCUCAGUGUACAACAUCUUUUAUCCAGUGUGAGAAAAUUGGCGGACUCACUGAAGAACAUGGAUCAACAACACAGCAUAAAUAAAGCAACAGAUAAUGGGGAGCCAGACUUAGCACAGAGAAAUGGGACUACCGUAAAUGUAUUGCCUAAUGAAGGAAACUACUUCCAAGUUCAAUGCAUGCCAGAAAUAAAUGCCUCUUUUAAACAUAUGAGUACAAAUGUUGGAGAUAUGUCGGCCGUUUCAAAGGCAAUGGAACACCCUGACCAACUAUCAAGUCAGAGUAAAUCAGAAUCUUCAACAUUAACUGUUCAGACAAGAGGUGUAACAGUUAAGAGCCCUUCAAGACAGAAUGAUUGUCCCUCUGAGUUGCAAAACAGAGAAGAUAUAAAAGAUAGGAAUGGGUCAAAACAUCACUCAGAAGUUCGAUCUAGUUUAUCAGAAAAGGAAAAACAGAGCUCAAGAAACUCACAGCCAGCAAAGGAGGAACCGCAAGUCAAGUCAAAGCCAAAAGACAGAGUGUCAACAAUUCCUGAUAUAUCAGCCUUGGCGGACUAUGCCAGAUUGAAAGUCAUUGUUUCUGAAGAUAGAGAAAACACACAUCAGGAAUUCCCUCCACACAAAAAAGAAGGAUUCUUUCCACUGAUAAAGUCUCGUCAUAGCAGACGCCCCGUGUUCACUUCUGACACUCAAGACGACUACGUCAAGGAGAACAUUUUGCCAAAAAAAGCAGAGCUUAAUGCCAAAGUCAACAAGGAGCCCAAACCUGUUGUCUUUCCCAUUACUGAGAUAGAACAUCAACGGACUGGGAUGUUCAAACUGGCGGACAGAGAAAGACUAGAAAAAACAGUUUUACACGUCAAAGAUCACAAGAGAGCUUUGGAAAAACAUCUACAAGAUCUGAAGAAAAUGAGUCAACAAGCUCAGGUUCAAAAGGAGGUGGAAGGCAAAGAGGUGUUCGAGUCUAGCAGACAAAGAAAUAUGCAUUUUACACAAUCUACCCCAUCAUCCUCAAACAAUAAGCCAAGAGAAACCAAUUGGUCAGUAAAACAACUUGAUAAUGCAAAUUUAAAAGAAGAUAGCAAAUCAAAUGUAAGACUAUUUGAAAAAAAUGCAAAUAAAAACAAAAUAGAUGAAACUAUAUCAGACAAACCACAAAAAGAAAAGCUGGAAGCUUAUAAUGAAGAAGCAAAAAUCAAACUAGAACAAGCUUCUAAAGGAAGAGAAGACACAACUACAGAGGAUAUGAACGUGAUGAUAGGUGAGAGGGGAGCUUUUAUAUCAGAAGAGCAAAGAUGUGCACAAAGAGAAGCAGAAGAAUGGGAAAAACUAAAGGAAACAGCACAACGAAUGGAGGAAGAAAGACGAGCAAAACAAACAGAAGGCAGGAGAGCUAAUUCAACAGAAAAUAAAAGUACGAUUGAAAGGAAAGAAAAUAUAGCUGAAACUCAAGAGGAUGAGCGGGAAAGCAUAGUGGUGGGGGAGAAAAACAGACUCAGCCAGGAGGAAAGAACUGCUCAAGAGGAAGAGCAGAUGAGAGCUGUGCUCAAGGAAGAACAGCGUCUAGCCAAGAAGAUUGAGGAGAGAAGACGUGCAGAGGAGAGGAGAAUUAAAAAUAUUCAAGAGCAGGAGAUGGAGACACAGCAGAAGAAAGAAAAGAAGGGACGAGAUGAACAGGUGAUAUGUGCGGAUAAACAGGGAGCUAUUGAACAACAAAGAGAGGAGCAGCUACCCAGAGGUGAGAGUGCACCUGAAGAGCUGAGCAGAAAUGAUGAGACCAAAGCUAAGAAGAAAGAAGAACAUUCAACUGCUCACGGGGAGAGAGUGUCAAAGUCAGAGGAGCAGAAACGAGCAGCCCUAUUGAUUGAUGCUCUUCAAUAUUACACCAUCACCUCAACAGAUAAGAAAUCUAAAGAAAGACGAGCACGCUCCUCAGUACCUCUUCAAAAAAGAAACCAUCCACCUGUGCCCAGUGAAGACUCAGGAUCCCAAAGAACAUCACAUAGGCCUCCAGUUGCAGCCUCUCCUGCUCCAUCUCUCCCACGCUCCAAUGCUUCCUCCCCAGCCCUGGGAGCCAAACCCUUAAUGUUCAGAGUUAAGGAUAACACUACCAAAGGUUCUCCUUUCAUCAAAUCAGUCAAACCACGCUUCCAUAAGAAUUUUGGAGAAGAUUCCAGAAUGGCUUCUCCAAUGGAAUGGAGAGCAGAGAGAAGGGAAGACGAGCAAGAGAUCAUGAGACGUAACACAGGAACUCCAAUCAAUCCUGACACAAGCACAGGUUUAAACCGACUUGUUUCUAAAAAUGAAUCCUCAAACACUCUGACUGUAUCUUCAUCACAAGAAUACUCCGCUCCUCUUCCACACCACAAACCCUUCUCAAGGAGAAACAUUGCUCUGGAAGAAGAGGACUCUCGUUCCGUCAACAGUAACAUAUCUGAGGAUGUGGAGAGUUUUGCCACCAGUGCGACUGACCUGGCUGACUUACGAGGGCUAUAUGAUUAUGAGAGGCCAGUAUCAGCCUGUAGUUUUAGCAGUGAUAUGUCCCGUUUGGGAAAACCUCCAACAGUUCCCCCCAAAAGUGACAAAGCCUUGCGCAGGGCACAAAGGCUGACUACUCGUAGAGUACGGAAAGAGAUAAGCCAAGAUACUCCUGCAAUCCCUGAGGAGAAACCACAACAGAGAACCUCCAGUAGGGCUUCUUCUGCCUCCUCCGAGCUGCAGUGACACAGUACCAUGUACAGUCCUACCCACUGACCCAGCGUAAGAUGUUGCAAGACAUUGGUUCUGGACAAUAUUUUCUUGUGGAUGCACCUAUUGAGGUGAAAAUGAAGACUUUCUUUGAUCCACAGACCG